GGUCCCUAUAAUAAAGCACUAAGCUCUACUUUUGCUGUAAGUGGUAUUCCAAGACUUGUGGUAAACUUUCAAUCAAUCGAAACUCUCGGCCUACUUUCAAAGUUGAAUUAUAAGAAGACUUUCUGUAUGAACUCAAAAAUAGCCAGUGCUUGUAUUCUUAAAGAGUAUGUUGUCUUCUUAGUUCCGUUUUAAUAGGGAAAUUGGCUAUGUUAAGGAACUAGUUCUAAAACCUUCAGAAGAGUUUCACCAGAAUUUGUUGAGAAAGAGACCGACACUGUUUUAGAUGAAAAUAGGACGACACAUAGGAUGAAAAGAUUGGUAGAGGGGAUUUUUGGGGUUAAGAAAGUGGUUGACUAAUAGUUAUAUGCUGAUUUUGAGGUGAAGAAUACUGUCCUUAAUUUCUGAGAGAGGACAUCAAAUUUAGUGUGGGCAGUUUUUUAUUGUUGAGGAUCAAGAGUUUGAGAAAUUGGAGCUUCUUAAAAUAUUACUGGAAAGCUUUCUUCUUAAUUUCUGGUAGUUAAAAAGUUUUAGAAACUAACUCCAAACUCUCUUUUAAUCUCAGAAAUUCAUAAUCAAGUUCAUUAAGAAUCUGACAGAUUUAUAUUUCUAACAAAAUUUGGUGAAGAGAUCAUUUCAAAGGAUGCCUAAAUCUCAUACCAUGAUCCUAAGAACUUCAAUAUCCUCUUCUCAAAGCUAUGAUGUAUUUUUAAAUCAAUCAACUCAACAAGACACCGAUAUACCAUCAUAUCUUUCCCAACUUUGAACAAUUCAUGAUCACUACCAAAGUGCUGAUUCCUACCCAAAUCUCCACAAAAUCUCUUCCUAUACCAAGAACCAAUAAUUCACCGCCUUAUCCACUACAAAUUCCCACUCC